UUUGGUAAUUAAGUUGGAAGCUUAAUUAGCAAUGACAUCGAGAAACAGUUUAGCUAUUCAUGAACAAUAAUAUAUUUAAUAAUAUGAUAAUAAUAUAUUUGGAAUCAGCAUCAAAAAGUGAAUCGACUGAUGUGCGUUUCAGGUGUUCUGGACAACUUUGGACAAAUCAACUGACUGUUAAUAUGAUUUCCUUUGAUUUUGCGAAUAUUGUUCCCUUUUCUGGUUUUGAAAUAAGGCUAACAAAGGAUGAUACAGACAUCAUGAAUGUAGAUUUAUUGCUUGGAUCAUCUGCCGCCUCAUCAGCCUAAACAUACAGGUAACAAAUUACAAAAUACUUCUACAGAUUGAGAGUGCUACAGUCUGCCUGGAAGUUCCAAAUGCUGUUGUCAAUGCUAGUUUUUGUAAUUUCAUCAGUGGCAUCCCAUAAUCACUUUUCCGUAUCAAACUGAUAUGACCAUUCAGACUAAACAAAGACUGUUCGUUCCACUCAGAAAUCAUUAAUGAUAUCAAUUAUAUUUGUGCUAAUUUUCAACUGAUGCAUUUUCGGAAUUAGCAACUCUCGAUUCACCCAGUCAAAAGCUUUCCUUAUAUCACAGAUUUACCACGGCAGUUGAUGUGAUAAUUUCAAAUGAUGAGGUAGCAUUGAAUGAGGGACAAGAAUUGCUAGAAAAAAUUGAUAACACAACUAUGCUAUUGAUCAAUACCGAUGCCUCUAAACAACAUGAUGAAGUAGCAGUAGUCAUAACGGCCAUGACAAAAGCUGGUGAUGAGUUUAAAUGGAAAGAUUAG